AUGGAUGCCAAGAUUCAUCUAGAGGCAGCGAAUCUUGGAGAAACUAUUAAGGAGGAUAACAGUGCAUCUUCUCAAGAUCGGGCAAAGGCCAUGAUCUUUAUCUGUUGCCACAUUGAUGAGGGACUGAAGAGCGAGUACCUCAUGGUUGAAGAUCCACUAAUCAUCUGGAAGGCACUGAAAAAUAGAUACAAUUACCAGAAAACGCUCUGUGGAGAAACCAUUACUGAGGAAGACAUGCUGGAAAAGAUUUUUAGCAUUUUUCAUGCCUCCAACAUACUCCUGCAACAGCAGUAUAGAGAACGAGACUUUAUUCAGUACAACCAGUUGAUAUCUGUGCUCCUUGUAGCUGAGCAAAACAAUGAGCUUCUGAUGAAGAAUCAUCAGUCUUGA